ACACACAGAGCUUACAGAGAGCGCAAUAAGAUCUUCUGGAGCGAUUCACAUUUCUGGAGCUGGUUUUAUUAUGACUGAUCAGUGGAGCUGUGGGAAUUGCUCAGACAAGAAGAUCAGAUGAUCCUUCAGAACAAAUCAAAACCAGACACAAUUCUGGUAUUGUCCUAAAGCCACGCAAAGAGCCACAAGAAGACCAAAUGCCAGCUGACCUUUAACCCAUUCAUAUAUCAUGGAUGUCCGUCUGCAGGGCAACUCUCAGCUCCACCACGCAGUCAACGGCGGCACCAGUCGAAAUUCUCGGCCUGGCAAAGACAAUAAUCUGCAUUAUCUGAGCCGAGAGGAACAGGAGUGUAUCCAGUUCUUUGAGGAAACCAUUGGGUCUUUGGAGGAGAGUAUGGGUGAGGAACAACAAAGGCUUGGACAGAGGAGGCCCUCUGAACGCAACAGUCAGCCUGUUGAACAGGUUGAUGGACUUUCAAGCCUGGCUCAGAACCGUGAGGUGUCGUCUCACGAUAUAAUCGAUCUUGUCCACCCAAAACCAGACUCGAUGCAAACUAAAAAGCCAAUCUUCAGCACCAGCCAUCCAGAUUUUAACCACAUAUUACCACCUCCUGAAAGACACUUUGAGGCAAAGCUAAGGCAUGACAAUUUCCCUUCAGAGUAUAAUGCUCCUUUACGCAGUGCAAGCUUUGGGCCUACAGACAGCCAUCCCUCCUACCACCCUCCAGGCAGUGUCCCAACUCCAGUUUUGAUUGCCCAGAAGAUAGCAGAGAACCAGGGAGAUGGAACGUCAAGCAUGCAUCCUUCCUCUUUACUCCGUCGCCUUAGCAUAGAGUCGGACAAAACACCAAGAGACAGAUCUAAUAUUUCUGUGAAACAUGGUCCUCCUACCUCAACAAAGCCAACUCACUAUCCUCCAAACAUCAAUGUGGUUCUUGGUGGAAAGGAGCACCAAAAACCAGUGUCUAAUGUAAACAUCUAUGAGCGACAGGAGCAGAUGUUGGCAAACCUGGCAGGUACUUCCAAUCAUCCGCUGGAGGAUAAUUCUCAGCAAGGUGUGGAGCAGGACACUCAAAACAGUCCAUCUUGUAGUAUUUCCUUUACAGACCCAGCACCGGAUAAAUCCAGAAUGGAGGCCCUGUCAAAGCUGGGCCUGACAAGGGACAGACCUACAUCACUCCAGAUAACACCUGGCAACUCCCCAAAAGAACCCCUCAGAGGUCAAGACACCAGAGCCUUAUCUCCAGACACCAGUCAAACUCUGAAAGCAGAAAUCAGCACCAACAUUCCAGAACCAGAUUUACCAAUACCACCUCCAACAUUUUUUAAUGAUGACAAAAAUACAGAGAUCUUCCACAAACAUUCCUUCAGCAGCCAUGAUGAAAAAGGUUCUAAACUGAACCCAUCAUAUCCAACAAUGUCCCAAAAGAGAUAUCCUUCCCCUCCUCCAGCUGAGGUCACCUUUCCAGCAUUUAACAGCUUUGGAGGUAAAUCCAUUGUGGUCCAUCCCCCUUUAUCCCAAAAGAACGAACCAACAACCUCUCCAAGUAGCUCUGAACCUAAAAACCUUUCACUUGCACUUUCUAACUCCAUAGAGCUCAAUCCCUACGGAGGAAAAUCAAAAGUUAUGACCCCUGCAACUACACCCAUAGCCAGGACUAAUCUACCUGACAUCCUCAGCUCUCAUAUUGAUACAAGAGAAACCAUUCCUGCCAAAACAGAUCCACAACCCGUUGAGUCUAACAAGUAUGGAGGAAAGAGCCGAAGCUUUGAUCCUGUUUCCGGGCUUUAUCGGACAUCAGAAAGCCAAAGUAAAAGUGUCAAACCUCCAGCCCCAACCCCAGCCCCUAGACCUCCUCGUCAUUCCUACCAUGGUGUGGUUCCUGCUCAGAAACCACCAGCAAGAGCCUCGUCUCCCGAAUACAGGCGAAGGCCCAGCUCCACGUUCCGUCCUCAAGGCAUUACCGUACAGUUUUGUGGACGAGGAGCCAUGAAUGAAUCACGCAGGGAGGCCUUAAAGAGACUGGGUCUGCUGAAAAACUCCUAAUCAACCUCUUACAGAAUUACCAUUCAGUCUCUACCAACUGAACUGGAAUAUCUGCAUCUCUUUCUAACAGCGAUGGUAUGCAAAACGUUUCUCCUAUUGUCUGAGUAUAAGGUGUGCCUACAGGUAAACCGGCUUUUACAGAGGAAUGAAGCUGGGUAAGGGACAGACCUGAAUGGUCACUCCUCACCAUCUACUCUUUAAAAAACUGAGAAUACCCAACAUUGCUUUCUUGGAAGAAAUCUCGAUUGGUUCAAGAUAUUCUGUGAAGUCUCAUCAAAGACACUGAAUACAAUACCUCUGCAUAAAUAUUGUGGGGGGAAUGGGCAAUGGCAUAUAGAAGAGUCAAGGAUAAUUUUGUUUGUCACUCCUCUAUGUUUAGCUCAAACGAGGUUGAUUGUAAAUAUAUUUAACAUGGGAGAAGGGAUCAGUUGUACAAUUUUGGUUCUGUGUUGCUUUUAGACUGUUUGUGACCUUAAAUCCACUGUUUUCUACUGAUGGGUGCAAACUUCAUUUUUCAUCUCAUUCUCUCUCGAUUUGUUUUAAAGCAAGACAAUUUAUAUUUGGACACACUUAUGUUUCUCCGAUUAUUUUUGAGAUUUAGAUAUAUUUAGAUUUC